AUGGCUGGCCCUCGAAGAUCCAAGCGACUGCAGUCUUGCAGUAAACCUGACCAAGACAGAGUCACCAAGAUCGCAAGAGUGUCAAAGGAUCAGGAAACCACGGAAAAGGUGGUUCAAGGGGAGAACAAAAAGAUCGGAAAGAGCGCCAUGGAAGAACCUUUAGACCAAGGGGUCGACAGACCAUCGCCAAAGGAUGCAUCGCCAGAAGAUGCACCGUCAAAAGAUGUAUCGACAAAAGAUGCAUCGGCAGAAGACACAUCGUCAAAAAAUGCAUCGCCGAACCGUGCAUCAGAAGAAGCCCUGGAGAGACAACUUCGGGGCAGAGAAUUGUUAGAAGAAGCACAGCAAAGGCAUGACCGUGCCCUAGCUGAGCGAAGUAAGUGGAGGGACGAUGGUCUUGUAAAAUUCCGACGGGCUCUUCAGUGGGAUGUUGGUUUGGGGUACAGACAAGGCCACCUUUACCGACUGUGGAAUUACUUUGAUGGUCGUAUCAAAAAUUUCGCAGAGUCUGCUGGUUUUCGGGAUCUUCCCUGGGAUAGACUUGACGAGGCCGUUCAGCAAAGGUUCGUUGGAUAUUCACCCUGUGCCCAACAGCUCUUUGAGACACCUCUUGUACGACGGUUUAUGUUCGAACGGUGGAUCUGGGAGAUCCUUGAUGAGAACUUUUUCACUACAAAGAGUCAGGGCAUCGAGUGGACGUCGCCGUAUUGGGAAGCUCAAGCUACAAUAGAACGCUUCUUACGGGAGAAAAACUUCGAUUACGACGACGAAUUCCUGCGUUUCCAGUAUCCCAACUGGCGAUUCACCACAAUCAAUUUCUAUUACACCCUUAAGGAACGAUCCAAUCGGAAAGCGGAGUAUUUCAGAGAAACCAGGGUUGAGCCAGGAUGCGUGGUCAAGAUCUUGAAGAAAGCGCUUGGCCAAUACUUCCCUGAGAAUCCUGACCUCUUCUUUGAAGGACAGAUCUCAACCCUCGCAAACGUGGUUGCCGAGUUCGAAUUGGUCUUCGACUGCGGUCGCCACACUCUUCGACUUGUGUUUCAUGACCCCAAUACCAAGGAGGCAUGUAGAUUUCCAUUUUCAGCCCGAGCUGAGGGAUUCGACACUCAAGUUGUGAUGGAAUCAGUCGGCCCCGAAACCGAAGACGAAUGCAAUGGUGCGCCUGUCGAACUGGUUGUAUCGCCUAUGCUGGUGUUUUAUGGAGAACAAGAUGGAUGGGAUUACCAUGUUCCGAAUGUCGCAGUUCCUAUGAAAGUGUGUGUAGGAUACAUUGACGGACUCAGCCACGACUGGGUGAUUGAGAUGAAGGAGGAUGGAGAGGGGGACGGAGAAGAGGAGGUGAAGAUCAUCAAGGAUAAAGAGGGCGUCACAAAGGAUGAGGAUGGGAAGAAGGACGAGGACGAGGAGCAAGCACAGAGGAGCUCCCGCACUGGAAAUCUGACUUAG